ACGCUGAUGCUACAGAAUAUACUCGCUCCGAUAAGGUGAGGUAAAAGGAGAUGGUCUAAUCAAGCGGACAUAAAUUCGUGAAGUUGACAUGGACGCUCCACUCCUCGUCAAGCUCCCCCGGCUUGGCAUCAUCAACUCUUAGACAUCGUCUGUGCAUCUGGCCUCAACUGGCGAUCUCCAAUUCAGCACACGACAAUCCCUUUCCACAGGAUUCUAUAAACCAAAUCAACUCGAAAAUGUCUUCGCCAGGCAAGAUUGCGGUGUAUAACCUUUCCGACCUCAAGAACACCACCGACGAUGCCCUCCCGAACUACCUGAACUCUCUCAAAUUCCGUCAACUACAUUACCUCACCGAUGUACGACUCGCGCUGGGCUACGCUGCCGUCAUCAUCGGCGGAGCGCUCUUCUACUUCGACUGGACCCUGGGCUGGGACGCGACCAAGGCAUAUACAUUGCCAGCGGUGAUCGCGUACUUCCUGUUAAACGGGGCAUUUUCGUACUGGCUGUGGUUCGUGGAGAAGGGUGUGAUAUACGUUGGGGAGAAGCAGGGAACGAAGCUUUCCAUCUCCACCCGCACCGAAAAACACGACCCAACCUACCAUCUCACCGCAACCAUCACCUCUACCGCCUCGCCAUCCACCCCUCCCCGGACCCUCUCCCUCUCCGUCCCGUUCUCCCGCUUCUACACCAGCGACGGCCAGUUCGUCGCGCAGCCGUUCCAGCAAUGGCUCGCGUCGUCGGUCCCAGUGGUCGGUCAGGCGGACCCGAAUAACGUGACGGAGGAGAUUGGCAGGGGGAACGUCACGGAGGCGAAUGUUGGGCCGAGUGAGCUGAAGGAUGUGUUGAAUGCGUUGAAGAGUGGAGGUGGGGUGAAGGGGGGGACGAGAAGGAGGGGUUGAAUUUGCGUCGGAUGGGGAUUUUCUCCUUGGGUUGUGGGUUGAUUGGAAAAUGGGGAUGUUGAAUGAGGCGUUUCUGGACUAAGUAUUGCAUUUCGAGCACUGGAUGGAGUUGGACGGUCAAGAUGCACGAACAGCCUCAGGAUAUGAUCAUAUUUCUUUCCAAC